AAAAUGGCUCAAAACCCGCUCCUUUACGGCUAUUUCCAAGCUGUCGACCAAGACAAAUCUGGAAAGAUUAGCACAAAUGAAUUGCAACGUGCUUUGUCUAAUGGAAGUUGGCGACCAUUUAAUCAGGAAACGUGCCGAAUGAUGAUUUCGAUGUUUGACAAGGACAAUGAUGGAGGGAUUGGAUUUAAUGAAUUUCAGUCUCUUUGGGCGUACAUCAACGAUUGGAGCAACACUUUUCGUAGUUAUGACCGCGAUAAUUCGGGAAGCAUUGAUAAGGGCGAGUUGAAGAAUGCGCUUACUCAAUUUGGUUAUCGUCUUUCUGACCGUUUCUACAAUAUGGCAAUCCAAAAGUUUGACCGUAGCCACUCGGGAAAUAUCAAAUUUGACGACUUUAUUCAACUCUGUGUUGUCCUUCAGACGUUGACGGCUGCUUUCCGUGAGAAGGAUACUGACCAGGAUGGCUACGUUAAAAUUCAUUAUGAGGACUUUUUGUUGAUGGUUUUCUCUUUGAGACUUCAAUAAAGGGGUGCUAAAUAUAUGGAGAAGAGGAUGAAUAUAAAAUAAAGAAAAUGGCAAAGGUUCACUUGAGAUAAUUAAAAUGAUAUAUUUAAGAUUUGGGGUUAUUGGCGACCUGUUAAUUUUUUCCUGUUAAUUUUUCCCUGUGACGGUUGACGGUUUUUCUGUUUCUGAUUUUCAAAAAAUACUAGGAAAUUUGAGAAGAAUAAGAGAGUAGUUAAGUAAAGAAAAAAAAUUAACAGGUCGCCAACAAGUCUAU